AUUAAUUUCCAAAGCACUCUGGGAAAGAGAAGGCUGCAGUAGACCAUUUUCGUGCCCAAUGCUGUAUAAAGAAGACGCAAAAUUUAAGAUUUCACGGAGAAGCAGUUUACUUAGCUAGCUUAUACCUUUAGAGGUACAUUCGACCUUACUUUGCACUCUAGUUGGUGAUACGGAAAUGGGUGCAGAUAAACGGGUUAGCCGUACAGAACGCAGUGGCAGGUAUGGUUCAGAGCAGUCUCGUGAUGAUGAUCGGAGAGACCGGCGAGAUCGUGAUGACCGUGGCUAUGACUCUCACCGCUGGAGUGACGACCGGCGUAGUGAGCGAUAUGAUGGGGACAGAGGGGAUCGCAGCGAUCGAUAUUGGGGUCGAGACAGUCCUGAGCGAGGUAGAAAGCGUCGGAGCAGUGACGGGUCUGAUGAUGGGCAUCACUCAGAUGGUGAAUACUCCGAGCAUGAAUACAGGUGUGACCCAGCUGAUGAGAAGGAGAGCAAGACCAUCAUGCUUCGUGGUCUGCCUGUCAAUACCACAGAGGCUGAUAUUCGAGCCGCGAUAGAGCAGCUGGAGGGGCCGCAGCCAAUGGACGUGCGCCUGAUGAAGAAGAGAACAGGUAUAAGCCGAGGUUUCGCCUUCGUGGAGUUUUAUCACUUGCAAGAUGCUACCCGAUGGAUGGAGACCAAUCAGAAGCUGCUGACCAUUCAGGGCAAGAGUGUUGCCAUGCACUACAGCAACACCCGGCACAAAUUUGAAGAUUGGCUUUGCAACUCAUGCGGCCUGUACAAUUUCCGAAGGAGGCUGAAGUGCUUCAGGUGUGGCGCAGCCAAAGCAGACACAGAAAUCACUGGUACUACUGGAACCACAGAGACCCAGGCCAGCGGGGAUUACUAUGGAGACACAAUCAUCCUGAGGAACAUUGCCCCACUCUCUACUGUGGAGGGCAUCAUGGCAGCCUUGGCACCAUAUGCCAACCUGUCAGCCAGCAACAUCCGCCUGAUCAAAGACAAGCAGACAGGCCAGAACAGAGGCUUUGCCUUUGUCCAGCUCUCUUCUCCUCUGGAGGCAUCCCAGCUCCUGACCAUCCUCCAGGGCCUGCAGCCCCCGCUCAAGCUGGACGGGAAGACCAUUGGAGUGGAUUAUGCCAAGAGUGCCCGGAAGGACUUGCUCUUGCCGGACGGAAACCGCAUCAGCGCUUUCUCUGUAGCCAGCACUGCUAUCGCUGCUGCUCAGUGGUCCUCCAGCCAGCCACAGCAGAGUGCUGAACCGGCUUCAGAGUACGGCUACCUACAAGAAGGCUAUGUGCCUUAUUCUCAGGAGUAUCAGACCCACUUCCCACAACAGCCAGCUGGAGCAACAGACCCAUCCCAGGCCAAUGGCAUCCUCGGAGCCGCUCCUGGUAUGAAGGUGCUCCCCACUGCUGGUCCAGUGGUUAUCUCUCAGGGUGCUCAGGUUUAUCAGCCCCACAUCAUCAGCCAGCCUGUCACGCAGGCUUUGCAGCCGAUGCCGACUCCAGCAAUCGCAGUGGCAGCCACCAUCUCAGCUCCGGCCACUCCCGCAGUCAUCACGGCGCCUGCUACCACAGCCCAUCCUGUAACCACCACAACCCCACCUACAGCUCCUGCUCCAGUCACCAAAACCGCUGUCCCAGAUACAUCCACCUACCAGUUUGAUGAGUCGUCUGGCUAUUACUACGACCCUCAAACAGGCCUCUAUUAUGACCCCAACACACACUACUACUAUAACUCGUACACGCAACAGUACCUGUACUGGGACAGCGAGAAACAGGCGUACGUGCCCGCAGCCGACUCCGGUGGCAACGCGCCAACGGCUGCUGCCUCUGCCUCUGCCCCUGCUAAAGAGGGCAAGGAGAAGAAGGAGAAGCCCAAGAGCAAAACUGCCCAGCAGAUCGCAAAGGAUAUGGAGCGCUGGGCAAAGAGUCUGAACAAACAGAAAGAGAACUUCAAGAGCAGCUUCCAGCCCAUCAGCCAGGAGGAGAGGAAAGAGGCCGCAGCUGCUGACGCCGGCUUUACUCUUUUUGAGAAAAAGCAGACUACUGGUUUGGAGAGGCUUGUCUCAGAGGCAGUGAAGACUACGGAAGAGGAAAGCUCGUCUUCAAAGGUGGCUCUGGUGGCCGCCUACAGCGGUGACAGCGAGCCCGAGGAGACCCCUGAGAGCGAGGAGAAGGACGACAAGCUGACAGACUGGAAGAAGAUGGCCUGUCUGCUGUGCAGGAGACAGUUCCCCAACAAAGAUGCCCUCAUCCGCCACCAGCAGCUCUCGGACCUACACAAGCAAAACCUGGAGGUUCACCGACGGUCCAAGCUGAGUGAGGCGGAGCUGGAGGAGCUGGAGAGGAAAGAGACUGAGAUGAAAUACAGGGACAGGGCAGCUGAGAGGAGGGAGAAGUAUGGCAUCCCUGAGCCCCCUGCACCCAAGAAGAGGAAGUUCACUCAGCCUACACCUGUAGUUAAUUAUGAGCAGCCCACUAAGGAUGGACUGAAUAGUGACAACAUUGGUAAUAAGAUGCUUCAGGCUAUGGGCUGGAAGGAAGGCAAAGGCCUUGGGAGAAAUCAGCAAGGCAUCACGGCACCUAUUGAAGCUCAGUUGAGAACGAAGGGUGCGGGUCUGGGUACUAAAGGCAGUAAUUACACACUAUCAGCAUCAGACACCUACAAGGAUGCAGUGCGCAAAGCCAUGUUUGCCCGCUUCACGGAAAUUGAAUAAUACUGUCAUUGUGCAGGCAAAAUGUGGCAUUGUAUUCACUGCCUUGUCUUCAUAACUGAAGUAUGGAUCUUUUGUCAGAUAAGAGGUUAUAUAUAUAUGUGUGUGUGUGUGUGUGUGUGUGUGUGUGUGUGUGUGUGUGCGUGUAUGUAUAUAUGUACAGAAUGUCUUUGCAAGAUGUAAAAUUGGGGGGUGGGUUUAUGGGGUUUUGUUUGGGUUUUUUUUUUUUUUUGCCACCCCAGCACAUGGUCAGAGAAAUGUAAAGUUUGUACAAUACCCAUUUUGUACAUAAAAGAAUAAAUGAGAUGUCAAACCAA